AUGUACUUGCUUGUAAAAGAAUUGAUUCUAUCAGUAGAAAUUUGGCAUAUCAAUUAACAAGUCAAAAAAUUUUUAGGAAUGUUAAAAUUCUGUUUGCUUUUGAUAAUUUUAGCAAUUAUUAUUAAUUAUCUAGUUUAUUUCUUUAAUGUCUUUUUGAUUAUUGUCAACCUAUUUUUAUUACCUUAAAUAAUUCAUGUAGCAUAUAAAAUACAUUACGUAUAAUUGAAUAAAUUUUUUGUAUUUGGUUUUUUAUCAACCAUGAGAUUUUCCUUAUAAUUUUCUACAUACAUUAACAUCCUCAAAACAGUAAUUAUAAUUAUUUUGUUAUAUGCUACUUAAGUAAUUUUCUACAAUUAUCAAUGUACAAAAGAACCCAGAUUUUUCUUAACCAGAAAAAUAAAAGCCGAAGAAAUUUGUGUAAUUUGUACAUGUGUUAUUGAAACAAAAUGUGUAAUAAAUAUUCUCAAUAUUUUAAGGACAUAAUUUUCAUUCUGUUUGUUUAUCUAAAUGGAUUUAUCUAAAAAAAAAUUGUUCCAUUUGUCGUUCUAAAUUUCCAACUUUAUUUUAAACUGA